GUGUUCGGGAACAUCGGGAUCGAGGAGGAGGACGAUGAAUCGGCCAUCACCCAACACAACAACUUCAGAACCUUCUUCCAGGCGCUGAUGCUGCUCUUCAGGAGUGCCACGGGCGAGGCGUGGCACGAGAUCAUGCUGUCGUGCCUGAGCGGGAAGCCGUGCGAUGAGAAUUCCGGCAUCAAGGAGGACGAGUGCGGCAACGAGUUCGCCUAUUUCUACUUCGUGUCCUUCAUCUUCCUCUGCUCCUUCCUG